AUGGAGGACCAAGGUCACCCACCGUUUAUUGCGCCGACAGUGCUAUUUGACAGGCGAGAUGACACAGACAGCACGAACACCGUUCUUGAUGAAACCGAUCAGUCGCCUACUCCUCGUCCUCAAGACACCUCUCACGCCGAGGACUGGAGUUUGAUGCCCGAUAUCAAGAAACAACAUGACCGGAAUCGAGUAUCGGGCCUCAGACGUCGCGAACUUGGCGUGACCUGGAAGAAUCUGAGUGUGGAAGUCGUCAGCGCAGAUGCCGCCAUCAAUGAGAACGUUUUGUCCCAAUUCAACAUUCCUCAGCACAUUCGAGAGUCUCGUAACAAGGCCCCUUUGCGGACCAUUCUUCACGAAAGCCAUGGCUGCGUCAAACCGGGAGAGAUGCUUCUUGUACUCGGUCGUCCUGGUUCCGGCUGUACAACUCUGCUCAGGAUGCUUUCUAACCAUCGACUCGGCUACAAGUCGAUUCAGGGAGAUGUUCGUUUCGGAUCGCUUACUCCCGAGGAGGCCUCCAAAUACCGCGGUCAAAUUGUUAUGAACACCGAGGAGGAACUGUUCUUCCCUACCUUGACUGUUGCACAGACCAUGGAUUUUGCGACCAGAUUAAAAGUUCCCUUCAAUCUUCCCGAGGGUGUCACUUCACAGGAAGCUUUUCGGCAGGAAACCAGGGAGUUUUUGCUCAAGUCCAUGGGCAUCUCUCAUACUUCGGAUACGAAAGUCGGCAAUGUGUACGUGAGAGGCGUCAGUGGUGGUGAGCGGAAACGUGUGUCCAUCAUCGAGUGCCUUGCAACUCGUGGCUCCGUCUUCUGCUGGGAUAACAGUACUCGGGGACUGGACGCCAGUACUGCUCUUGAGUGGGCAAAAGCUGUCCGUGUGAUAACUGACGUUUUUGGACUGUCAUCAAUUGUUACCCUUUACCAAGCAGGAAAUGGCAUCUAUGAUCUUUUCGAUAAAGUCCUGGUUCUUGAUGAAGGCAAGCAGAUCUACUAUGGUCCAAUGUCCCAGGCACGGCCUUUCAUGGAGGAGCUAGGCUUUGUUUGCCGUGAAGGAUCGAACGUGGCAGACUUCUUGACCGGUGUUACUGUCCCGACCGAGCGCAAAAUCCGACCCGGAUAUGAGAAUCGCUUCCCACGCAAUGCGGAUGAGGUUCUGGCCGCUUAUGAGAAGUCGCCGAUCCGAGCCCAGAUGGCACUUGAAUAUGACUACCCUGAUACUGACUCGACCCGGGAGAGGACGGAAGAAUUCAAGCUUGGAGUUGCUGAUGAGAAAGCUAAACGGCUGUCGAAGAACAGCCCCUUCACGGUCGACUUUGUGCAACAGGUCAAAGCAUGCAUUGUCCGUCAGUACCAGAUCAUUUGGACUGAUAAGGCAACGUUUGCCAUCAAGCAAAUUUCUACUCUGAUUCAAGCACUCGUCGCUGGUUCUCUCUUUUAUAAUGCUCCAAACAACUCUGGCGGCUUAUUCAUCAAGUCGGGUGCCCUAUUCUUCUCGUUGCUGUACAACAGCCUCCUCGCCAUGUCAGAGGUUACGGAUUCCUUCAGCGGUCGACCAGUCCUGAUUAAGCACAAGUAUUUCGCUUUCUUUCAUCCCGCCGCGUUCUGCAUUGCGCAAAUUGCUGCCGAUAUCCCGGUUCUUCUGUUCCAGAUCAGUAUCUUUGCGAUCGUCGUCUACUUCAUGGUUGGCCUUACCACCUCAGCAGCAGCCUUUUUCUCUUACUGGGUCAUCAUCUUUGUGGCUACUAUGGUAAUGACCGCAUUGUUCCGUGCCAUCGGAGCGCUUUUCUCUACCUUUGACGGAGCCUCGAAAGUUUCUGGAUUCUUGAUCAGCGCGUUAAUCAUGUACUGCGGCUAUUUAGAACCUUACCACGCGAUGCAUCCAUGGUUCAUCUGGAUAUAUUGGAUUAAUCCGAUGGCAUAUGCCUUUGACGCGUUGCUCUCCAUCGAGUUCCACGACAAGAUCAUACCAUGCGUUGGCAAUAACCUGGUACCGUUCGGACCUGGCUAUGAGGAUUCUGCGUUCCAGUCUUGCGCCGGUGUAAGUGGUGCGGUUCAGGGAAUGACCUAUGUGACUGGCGAGCAAUAUCUGGCUUCCCUAACAUACUCAUACUCGCAUGUCUGGAGAAACUUUGGUAUUCUCUGGGCCUGGUGGGCGCUUUUCGUCACUGCGACCAUCUUCGCCACAUCACGCUGGAAGUCUGCCGCGGAGGCUGGCAACACGCUACUCAUCCCUCGUGAAACGGUGGCGAAACACCACGCUGUGACUCGCAAGGAUGAGGAAGCACAGGUCAAUGAGAAGACUGGCCACAAAGGCACGAACGCCGACACCCAAGAAGAGAGCGAAGUCGAUCAUCAUCUGGUUCGGAACACUUCGGUCUUUACAUGGAAGGAUCUUACUUAUACCGUCAAGACCCCGUCCGGUGAUCGUGUUUUGCUGGACAACGUUUACGGUUGGGUCAAGCCCGGCAUGCUGGGCGCUUUGAUGGGAUCCUCCGGCGCCGGCAAAACCACUCUUUUGGAUGUCUUGGCUCAGCGUAAAACCGACGGUACCAUUCGGGGGUCGAUCAUGGUUGACGGACGGCCGUUGCCUGUUUCUUUCCAGAGGUCCGCGGGCUACUGUGAGCAGCUCGAUGUGCACGAACCAUUCGCUACUGUUCGAGAAGCUCUGGAGUUCUCCGCCUUGCUUCGUCAACCACGCCAUAUUCCAAGAGAGGAGAAGUUGAAAUACGUGGACGUUAUCAUCGAUCUGCUUGAGUUGCAUGAUCUUGAGCACACUCUCAUUGGCCGAGUGGGUGCAGGAUUGAGCGUCGAGCAGCGCAAGCGAGUCACCAUUGGCGUGGAGCUUGUCUCGAAGCCUAGCAUUUUAAUCUUCCUGGACGAACCUACGUCUGGUCUCAAUGGCCAAUCCGCUUUCAACACAGUCCGCUUCUUACGGAAGCUCGCCGACGUCGGCCAGGCGGUUCUUGUGACCAUUCACCAACCCUCUGCCCAGUUGUUCGCUGAAUUUGAUACACUGUGGCUAUUGGCCAAAGGCGGCAAGAUGGUCUACUUUGGUGACAUCGGCGACAACGCUCGGACAGUCAAGGACUAUUUCGCUCGAUAUGGUGCUCCAUGCCCUACGAAUGUUAACCCUGCUGAGCAUAUGAUCGACGUUGUCUCCGGCCACCUGUCCCAGGGACGCGAUUGGAACCAGGUCUGGCUCGAGUCCCCGGAGCACACCAGCGCGUCUCGGGAACUAGACAAUAUAAUCAGCGAAGCAGCCUCCAAGCCUCCCGGUACUGUCGACGAUGGCUAUGAAUUUGCCAUGCCGCUCUGGGAGCAAACAAAGAUCGUCACACAGAGAAUGUCAACCUCGUUGUACAGAAAUUGCGACUACAUCAUGAAUAAGAUCGCGCUGCACAUCGGAUCAGCCUUAUUUAACGGUUUCUCAUUCUGGAUGAUCGGCGACGGCGUCUCGGAUAUGCAACUUAAACUCUUCACCAUUUUCAACUUCAUCUUCGUCGCCCCCGGUGUCAUCAACCAGCUUCAGCCUCUGUUCAUCGAACGCCGCGACAUCUACGACGCAAGAGAGAAGAAGUCCAAGAUGUACUCCUGGAAAGCGUUCGUCACUGCCCUGGUCGUGUCCGAGUUCCCCUACCUCUGCAUAUGCGCUGUUCUGUACUUCGUUUGCUGGUACUACACCGUCGGAUUCCCCACAGACUCCGACAAGGCUGGCGCGAUGUUCUUCGUCAUGCUCUGCUACGAAUUCCUCUACACGGGAAUCGGACAAUUCAUCGCCGCCUACGCCCCCAACGCGACCUUCGCCGCACUAACUAACCCCCUCAUCAUCAGUACUCUAGUCUCCUUCUGCGGUGUGCUCGUUCCCUAUUCCCAGAUCCAGGCUUUCUGGCGGUACUGGAUCUACUGGCUCAACCCCUUCAACUACCUCAUGGGCAGCAUGCUGGUCUUCGCCGUGUUCGACACAGACGUCAAAUGCAAGGACGGCGAGUUCGCCGUCUUCGACACGCCGAAUGGCACGACGUGUGCGGAUUACCUGUCGACGUAUAUGCAGGGUUUCGGGUCCCGUGCGAAUCUGAUCAAUCCCGAGGCGACGUCUGGCUGCCGUGUUUGCCAGUAUCGGUAUGGAAGCGACUACCUGUACACUAUCAACUUGAAGGAUUACUACUACGGCUGGCGGGAUACUGCCAUUGUUUGCAUUUUCGUUCUCAGUUCGUAUGCCCUGGUGUACGCGCUGAUGAAGCUGCGGACCAAGGCUUCUAAGAAGGCGGAGUGA